AUGCUCGGCAUCGGCGGCCGGAUAUCCGCGAUUAUCCCCAUCAUCGCUUCGGCUGUCGCCGUCGCGCUCUCCGUCGUCAUGUUGGCAGCCGGGACACAAACAGGCAAUGCGGGCGAUAACUUUUGGCUAUCGAUGAACACGUCCAAAGUUGGCCAAGACAUCAUCAAGGUCCAGGCGGCGAACAACACCAACGGGGGGAAUGGAGGCGGACUCAUCCCUGGCGUUAACGACCCGACGGGAAUCACCCAGGGGAUCGGUAAUGCCCUCGGGGGGCUGCUCGGGAACCUCACCAACUCCAUCGGCGACGGCGUGCAGGAUAUCCAGGGUCAGCUCGUCGGAAACCUGACCCAGCUCCUCGGCGUCAAGGACAACUACCGCCUCUAUCUGACCAAGAUCUGCGAAGCCACCUAUGCAGACGAUAACAACCCCAAGAGCAAGGUCACCAUCGACAACUGCGAGACCUACGACGACAAGAAGUCCGGCCUGAGAAACAUCACCGACUCUAUCCCGUCGUCCUUUGUCGUCGGCACCGCCAACGUUUCCGUCCCGCUCGUCGCCGCUCUAGCCGGCACCUUGAGCCAAGUCGGCGGCCUGGGCAGCGGCGGCGCCAAGGCCAUGACGGCCAUCCUCGCCAUCGGCACCACCUGCGUCGGAAUCGUCCUUCUGUCGACGCUGCCCAUCCUCCUCUUCGGCUUUGUCCGCGCCCUCGUCCUCGUGUCGCUCAUCUUCUCGCUGCUCGCCUCCCUCGCCCUCCCGACGUUCGCCGUGAUCACGACCGCGAUCGUCUACGGCGGCAGGAGCAUGCUGAACAAGACGAUGGACGCGUUCGGCAUCCAGAUCCAGGCGGGCGGGCCCUUUAUCGCCAUGGCCUGGGUCGCGGCCGUGGCCUCGAUGGCCGCCGCGGCGUACUGGUUCAUGGUCUGGUUCGUCAGCUUCAGGCGCACGGCCUUCAGCAGGCGCAAGCGCACCGAGAACGAGGUCGGCAACUGGAGGGGCAUCUUCCGUGAGGUCAAGGGAGACCUGAAGACGUGGGAGGGAGGCGAGAAAUAA